GAUCACCGUGCGCGAAACGUCGCGGGACACCGGCACAGGAAGCGCCAACACAGACACCGCGUUACCGUGUUCGUAAAAAUAGAUCCUUGAGUCGGCGUUUGUGCGCGGCAGUGCGUUUGUGUUCCUAUCCGGUGGCCUAGAGGCCGGAUAAUUACGUGAAAAUGUACGAUGGAUGGCGAAUUACUGAGUGAGUGAAGAGUGUGCGUGCAGGCAACCUAACCGAAAGCGAAAGCGAGAGAAAGAGAAAAGGAAAGAAAACAGUGGGGACAGUGGUGUUUGAAGGUGCAACACAAAAAAAAACAUCGCGAAAAUGUGUCAUCUAAUGGCAAAUGCUAAUAACUUCGCCACAUCCAAACGCUUCGUUCCGAGUCGCUGUGAAACGGUCACCCAGAACUCCGUGAAACAUGCACCAACAUUGGCCGUGCAAAAGCAUGCAUAAGAAAGCGGCUUGCUCGUGACGGCAUGAGCAUUGGCAUCAAACACGUUUCUUCCAACUGGAUACUUCGAAAAGGAUGCAUAAAAUGUGGUGUUGGUUAACAGUGUUUCAUCUAUUCGUCCUUUAUGAUUUCGUUCACUGUAUCACGUUGACCGAGGUGCGAGUUCCCAAACAUACGAUCCGAGGCCACGCCGUCAAGCUCGAGUGCCACUAUGAUAUGGAAGGUGAGGCCCUGUAUUCAGUGAAGUGGUACAAGGAUGGACGUGAGUUUUAUCGCUUCGUGCCAAGAGACGAUCCUCCGGGAAGUGUUUUCCCCCAACCAGGCAUAGCCGUAGAUUUAGCAAACUCAACAAGCGAACAAGUGAUUCUAGAUCCACUAGAUUUAUCCUCCAGCGGGAAGUAUAGAUGCGAGGUGUCUGCUGAGGCACCCUCGUUCCAAACCGUCUCCGACCAUGGAGAAAUGAUGGUUGUGGUUUUGCCUGACCAAGAUCCGUACAUCACGGGUGGUAGGCCACGGUACCAGAUAGGUGAUCCGGUGCGGGUCAACUGUACCUCGGGCCGCUCCAAACCGGCCGUCCAUCUGACGUGGUACAUCAACGGUGAUCCCGCCGAACCGGGGCUGGUGAAACGGUACGAGCCACACGUUACCGGAGUCGACAAGCUGGAAACAUCCGUACUGGGACUGGAGUUUCGCGUCAAGCCGAAACAUUUCAAGCACGGCGAUAUGAAGCUGAAGUGCCUCGCAACGAUCUCGACCGUGUACUGGAAGAGCAACGAGGAAAGUGUUGAGGGUGAAAAGUUGCAGAAAGCACCUACGCUGGAAUCCAGACGAGCCGUAUCGGCUGAUUCGCGGGCAGACCGAGUGCAAGCAGCGGCUUCAAGCAAUUGGGCAACAGAAAGCGCUGACCGGCUGUCGGCAGCCAAAUUAGUGACAUAUAUUUUUGUUCUGUUGGCAAGUUAUCGUUACACUAGUUAAAGGUCAACGUUAGGUAGGAAGCGGGAUAUUAAGAAGCGGCAGAAUGAAAGACAUGCAUCUCUGAAACUGUUAACUUUCUUUCCUAAUCGUCCAUGGGUUUUGUUUCCUAUUUUUUAUAUUUUCUUUUUGGUCAAUUAGCGUAUCUGGGGGGUCGUGCAAGCGAAUUAAGUGUGGUUGGUCUAUACGGAAUUACGAUCGUACCCCAGUGUGAGGGGAGGAAUAGGCCACUCUUAAGAACAUAUCAAUAGUAUCAAUGUCAAGUAUAUUCAUCAUAUCAACAGCACGGCUGCGCAACCCGGUUUUUCCUCGAACGGCCAAUACUGUUCGAGUAAAAGCUGAAGCAAAAACUUUCUCUCAACUCAACCCUCCUCCCCCCCCAAAAAAAAAAACGAAA